GAAAAAAAGAAAUCGUACACGUGUAUAUAGUCUACGUAUUUCCUCUGAGAAAUUGACUUGUUGCAAGUUCCUUUUCACCCUCUCAGCCUCCCGUGUUAGGGUUUAAGGCGCCCCUGAACCCUCAUUUCUAUCGACUCUCUCUCUCUCUCUCUCUAUGGCUUUGGACAACGACAUAGAGAGAAUUCUGUGGAACGAGGAAGAAAUCUCUCAGCGAGUUUCUGAAUUGGCCUCUCAGAUUACACAAGACUUCAGUGACACAGUCUCUUCUUCGGCUCCGGUUGUCGUCGGAGUUGCCACCGGUGCAUUUCUAUUUCUGGCUGACCUCGUCAGGAAGAUCAAGUUGCCAAUUACUGUUGAUUUCGUUCGAGCCGAAUCGUACGGCUUUGGAACAGAAUCCAAUGGCGCUCCCAGGAUUUCAUGUGAUUUGAAGAUUGACAUUCAGGGCAAGAAUGUGAUUUUGGUUGAGGACAUUGUAGAUACGGGAAACACUUUAUCUUGUCUCAUUGCUCACUUGAAAUCUAAAGGAGCAUCAUCCAUAUCUGUAUGCACUCUCCUUGAUAAACCAUCAAGACGAAAGGUUAACUUUGAGCUUGUUGGUAAAGGGAAGUUCUAUUGUGGCUUUGAGUGCCCAGAUUAUUUCGUUGUUGGUUAUGGACUGGACUUUGCUGAAGUAUACAGAAACUUGCCUUACGUUGGGGUCUUGAAGCCUGAAAUAAUCAUACCCAAACCCGUAUUUGAUAUCGUAACUCCAGCAACUUUUUUGGGGGAACUCAAUCGGUGUGUUCGGUAUAACUUCUGGUGUUUUCGGGUCAAAAGGCAACGAGGUCCUCUGUUUCAGAGGACAAACCUAGACAGAGCAAGCCAUGGCAAGACCCGAUCACUUCAGUUCUAUUGCCCUUACUCUUUAUGGGGUCGUCAAACUCUACCACAUGAUUUGGAGAAUCAACUUCUAUGUGGAAGCAUCAAGACAGUUAUGGAGUCUUAAGCGGAGAAAAGAGAGAAAUGAACUCCAAACAUUAGCAAGCUGAAUUCUAUGUGGAACCAGUGUAGACUUCUUAGCAGAUUAAAUUUUUAAUAGGGAUUGUCAGAAACCUUGUAACAAUUUGCUAAUGAAGCCAUUGACAUUUCAUUAGCUCACAGGGUCAUCUUCCUUUCUAAUUUCCUAAUGUUUGCUAAUGUUUGGAGAAAUUGG